AGAGGCCCGGGUUGCACAUGUAUUAGCUUUUAGGUGAGAAAAAGGAGGCUGCCCCUGAUUGGUGACGGAACUCAGCCCGAGGAGCGACUCGGGAGGAGAGAAAAGUAGUCAUACUGACAUUGGAAGGUCAUUAAUUAAUACGUGGAGUUGGAUCUUGAGGCUUUGGCAGGGUUAUUUUUUUUUACCUCUGAGGAGAACAUUCUCACUUCUUGGAGGUACAUGCAUGUCUUCCAUGACGCCUACUUGCAGAAAUAGAGGUUUUUAAGAUGGUUGGGAGACAGACGCACCGAAUGGACAACGGCAAUUGCUCCGGGACGGUGGUGGAUGACAGCCCCGGCUCCAGCCCUAGCUCCAGCCCGGAUGGUCGUCGGGCCGCCGCCCGGGUGCUCCAGGCCGGCGGGCUCGGGGGAGGACGAGGCCGGCCGGCGGCUGCCAACGCGGCGCGGGAGAGGAGCCGCGUUCAAACUCUGCGGAACGCCUUCCUGGAGCUGCAGAGGACGUUGCCAUCGGUGCCGCCGGACACCAAGCUGUCCAAAUUGGACGUGUUGAUACUGGCCACCACGUACAUUGCACAUUUGACUCGAACUCUGCAAGAGGAAGGCACCGAGGAGGGGGACAACACAAAGCAGACUGAGGCAUUACAUUCACUCAAAGGUGAAGGCUACCUGCACCCAGUCAAGAAAUGGCCAAUGAGGUCCAGGUUGUAUGUGGGCGCAAGCGGCCAGUUCCUGAACAAUUCAUCAGAAUCAGAGAACCAAGGCCCAUCGUCAUCAUCAUUAUCAUCCAACUCCAAAUAAAACAAGUCCACUAGUUCGCAUUUGCAUGAGUGAUGAUACACAGCCCACUUCCACGAUACCACAGUGUAAAUUUAAUAUAUUAUUGUGAUGUAUUUUUCCUCAAAUGUAUGGAUUCUCUCCCUUGUUUUAGUUGUUUGCCCUGCAAAUUGUGCAGCUCCAUACAUGUCCAUGGUCUGAUAUUGUGUGAUUUUACGGGCCAAUAAUGAGCUCGUCAUGCUUGAAAAGUGAGGCACUUUCAGUAGAAAAACAUUUGCACUAAAAUGCAUGUGUGAAUAACUUAACAUCUGUCAUGUGAAGUGGCCUGUCAGUGUCAACAAUAGGUGGCUUGCCCUCUCAUGUUCCCUUCUAUUUUUUUUUUUACAUGCAUGCUUGUACAAACGAAAUGUUGUGAAUUUAAAAAACAAAACAAGGUAAGGUGGUAAAUCUACAGUGUCUAAAAAGAUGUAAUUAAA